CUUUCAAAAGUUUGUUCUCAACAUUGGAAAGACAUACAAGUUCCUUGUAAAUUUGGAUGAGAACUCAAAGGAUGAACGUGCACAAUGAAAGAUAAUAGCACAAGAAAUCCAAAUACAAAAAGACAUCACAAUCAACAUUGAUGACGAUGACUCAGUUUUCGAUUUACCAAAAAAGAAGAUAAAGAUGGAGAAGUCUUGAUCAAGGGCCCACAAAAAUUAAACAUGAACAAUUUUUAAUUUUCAUUAUAUUUACAAAUUGGUUGAAGGAUUUCAAAUGAACUUUUCAUAUGCUUUUAAGAUUAUGAACUGAUGAAUUUAAUUUGUUAGGACAAAUUAUGAUUUAUAAACAUAUGCUCAUAUAGUUGUCUGAUAACUAUUGCAUGCUUUGAUUGUUAUUGUAGUUAUUAGCUUAAAUUUAACAUUCAAUUAUGUUAAUCUAAAUACAUAUUCGGAUAAUAGUUCACUUUAUUACUUUAAAUUUUCAUGUCAACUAAUUUUUUCUUAUCUAUACUGCACACAAACUAUUGUUGAUGAGUCCUUUGCAAGAAAUCUGAUGACCAAGCAUAGAUUCCUGAAACUGUUGAGAGGAAACAAUAAAUUUCUACAGAGAAGGUUAUCAGUAUUCUUAAAAGAAUAAUCAAUGAAGACUGCUUACUACUAGGUUUCAAACCGAAAGAAGAUCGUCCAUAUUGGAUGAUAUUACGACUUCUUCUUAUUGAAACACCUACUGCAAGACCAUCUGUUAUGAUGGACAACUCUACUAGAAUCAUAGCAGUAAUCACGUUGGAUAUGCACUUCAUCGUCUACGGUUUCCUCAAACUCUAACUGGGGAAAAGGACAAUGGACGAGUUGUGUUCAAAGUGGCGUCUUUUAUAUGAAUAAGAGGAAUUUUCAUAGAACAAGGCCGGCGCUUGCAAGGGACUAUUAUGAUGUACUGGGAGUGAGUAAGAAUGCAUCUACUUCAGAAAUUAAGAAAGCUUAUUAUGCAGUAUCAUGCGGGAACAGGACCAUUAAAUUUAGAGUGAGAAGCAGUGCUAAAGUUAAAGAUUGGGUUGUGGCAAUAAAUGAUGCGGGACUACGACCACCGGGGGGCUGGUGUAUGCCUCACUGUUUUGGUUCUUUUGAUCCUCCUAGGGGGUUAACAGAAUAUGGCAGUCAGAUCCAGUGGUUUGUUGAUGGACAAGCUGCAUUUGGUUCAAUUGCUUCUUCUAUUGAAGUAGCAAAAUCAGAGAUAUUCAUUACUGUCUUGUGGCUCUGUCCUGAGUUAUACCUUCGACGUCAUUUUCACAUUCAUGCGUCUUCUCGGCUUGAUUCAUUGCUAGAGGCAAAGGCAAAACAGGGUGUUCACGUAUUUAUCAGCAUUACCAUGUGUUGUUUCACUUGUUCUAUUUUAGUUUUAGUUAGUUGGUUCAUCAACCUUGAUUCACUGAAAUUAUUGAUGUCGUGACUAUAGUAAAGCUUUCUUGCAUUAUCUUAUUCGCUUUGUAACAAUAUUAUCGCCUAUAACAGA